AAAGCAGGGCAGAGAAAAGAGAGCCUGCCUGCCAGCCUUCUCGAAACAGCACGGCAGCUCCCUGCCUCCCCAACGGCUGGCUCGCGAGAAUCCAAGCCAUUUUCUGCACGCGCUCCCGGGUUUCAGCUCCGGCGCCAUCAGGGCAGGGGGGAGCGAUAGUUCUGUGCUAUUGGGAGAGGAGGGUGAGGAGGAGGAGGUUGCGAGAUGGGGUCCGGAUCUUUCCUCAAGGUGCUGGCCAAGAACUUCGACGUGCUCGCCGGGCCAAUAAUAUCACUUGCUUAUCCUCUGUAUGCUUCUGUUAGAGCAAUAGAGACAAAAAAUCCUGUAGAUGAUCAGCAAUGGCUCACUUAUUGGGUGCUGUACUCCUUUAUCACUUUGUUUGAGCUAACUUUUGCUCCAAUUAUUGAGUGGCUUCCCUUUUGGUCAUAUGCAAAGCUGUUCUUCAACUGCUGGUUGGUCUUACCUUGGUUCAACGGUGCUGCUUAUGUUUACGACCAUUUUGUGCGGCCAAUGUUUGUGAACCGCCAAAUAGUAAACAUAUGGUAUGUCCCAAGAAAUGAGAAGUCAAGUAAACCUGAUGAUGUACUGUCAGCUGCAGAGAGAUAUAUUGAACAAAAUGGACCAGAAGCAUUUGAGAAGCUCAUCAGCAAGUCUACAAAGUCUUCAAAAUCAAGGACCACAAGGCGUUCGAUCUUGGAGGAGGCUGAGGCUGAAAGAGAAUCCUGGGGUGAAAAUCCUUUCUACGACAAAAACUUCCGACACUAAACUACUUGAAGGCGAAUUCCCCAGUUUUCUGUUAGUGUUAUGGAUUUUCAAUUGCGAGAUUUCCUUGACAACAUGCGCUUCAUGCAGCCUUGCUGGGCCACACGGCCUCGAGACGACCUUCAUGUAUUCCUGACUUGAGGACUGUACCUUGUUGCAUCCACUGCUAGCAAUUGUGGACUCUACUGUAAAUGGAGGUAGAUGCUAGCGUUGCUGAUUUAUGUGAGCUUUUGGCUGGUGUAAUAUCAACAACAUCGCCUGUGUUACUAAACCUUCAGGAGGAUACAAGCCUAGAUUUUUCAGUUUCCAUUUCGUUCUGAGCA